GAAGGAGAGGGACAGUAGAGCGAGCGAGAGAGGAAGGGAAGAAGAGGCGGAGGCGGCCGAAGUGCCUCAACGGCCCGGAGCCUGGGCUCGGACGGGGUGGCUGGGAAGAAAAGUGGCCAAAGACUUCCGACGUUCACCUAAGUGAAGUCUGUAAUAACUGAAGAAAUGUUUCUGGUAGCCUUCCAUUUCUUAACAAAUUGGAAGCACAACAAAGUUGGACGUUAAAUGUACUUGGAAUACAGACUGUGCUGAGGAAGAUAGAAGUGUUUUUAAAACAACUUUUGGGUUAUAAAGCUUCCUGUUUUUUUUAAUUACGGUUAUUAAUUACAUAUUAUGUGGGAUUUUUAAAGGCAGUUUUAAAUAACUCCAUUGGUUACAGAGUGGAAAUCGUGAGUUUUACAAAGUUGAGAAUCUUCAUUACUUAAAAUCUCACCAUCUUAUUUUUUUUCCUCCCUCUUGGAAAGCAGUUGAAAAAAAAAUGGAUAAAUAUGAUAAUUUGGGUUUGGAAGCAAGUAAAUUUAUAGAAGAUCUUAAUAUGUAUGAAGCCUCCAAAGAUGGGCUUUUCCGAGUAGACAAAGCAGUAGGGAAUAACCCAGAAUUUGAAGAAACCAGAAAGGUUUUUGCUACAAAAAUGGCCAAAAUUCACCUGCAGAAACAGCGAGAACAAGAGGAGUUGAUGAAAGCAGCCCCAGGGGCCCCAAAUGGUGGGAUUGGUUUUGGUACUCAGCAUCAAAUUCCAGGCCAUCCUAUAGCCAGAGGUGCUGUAGGAACAAACAAACUGCAUUCAGGAGAAAACACAGCAAAGCCUCCUUUGGCUAUAUCAACAGUGUGUGCAGGCCAUCAGCUUGCCUUCCCAAACCAGCCCCAGGGUAAUACUGAUGGAGAGCAAGCAAAGUUAUAUCAAGAUGACAGGAGAGCCAGUGGUGACUAUGAAUACAGUGCAAGUCCAGAAACAUCUAGAAGGCAUGGUAAUCACAGAGGAGGACAAGUGAAUACAUGUAGUUCCAAGACAUCUUUUUCUUCCCUUUCCCGUGAAGAGCCCAAUGACACUGAUAAUCGGACAGGUAUGCAAGGUUGGGCGAGAGAUGUGGGUAAGUUUUCAGGCCUGAAACCCACUGUGAGCUCUCAUUUAUGGUCAAACUUCAGUCACGAUGAGUCGUUACAGAGAAGUCCUACUAAAACCCAGGCAGAUCUCCAUCCAUAUCAGCAGCUUCCGAACUCCUGCAGGUCUUCAGAAAGUGGGUAUGGAAGUCAGGAAAGUGGAGGGGAAGGUCCUGGACUUAGUCAAAGCUAUGACCAAAACCCAGCUUUCCAGAGAUCAUCGCCUUUCUCACAUACCUGUGCUCAUUUGCCCUCUUCUGUAGGGUUUAGUGAGGAAUUGCCUGUGGGGUAUUCACAGCAUAGAUCUUCUUCAUUUUCUGCUCCAUCAGCACACCCAUCUCAGGCACUUUUGAAUCAGUCUGAUAACAUUAAUCCAAACUGUGGCACAGAGAUGUGGGCUUCUGGUGCCCCAAAUAAAAGUAUUGGAGCCAAGUCAUCAAGACCUAAUGAUAGCAUUCAGUCUUCUAUUUCUGCUUCACUUCCUUCUCCACUACCUCCAAAUGUAGACUACCAGCAGACUAACACUCAUACAAAGCCUACAGGUCAUUUUGUAAUUCAUGGUCAAAAUCAGAGGAUUAAUUGUGCUGCAUCUGGCAUGAGUCCUGAGCAGAAUUCCAUCGGUGCACUAUCUCAUGGACCAAUGAUUUCUGAUGUUCCAAAAUCUCCUUUUAAAGAGGGCAUUACCAUUCCGCAGCAUGAUUCCAGUCACCAAGAAACCUCCACUCCUGCAAAAAUAAAACUACCCUGUCAGACACUCCUUCCACAGCAAGAACAAGGGCCAUCCACUGCUGAAUUAAAAUUAGAAGCUCUUACCCAGCGCCUAGAACAGGAGAUGGAUGCUUGUCCAAAGGCUGACUAUUUUGGAACCUGUGUGAAGUGCAGUAAAGGUGUAUAUGGUGCAAACCAGGCUUGCCAAGCAAUGGGGAAUCUCUACCACGAUGGAUGCUUUACCUGUGGAGCAUGUAGUCGAAAGCUGAGAGGGAAAGCCUUUUAUUUUGUUAAUGGGAAGGUAUUUUGUGAAGAAGACUUUCUGUAUUCAGGUUUCCAGCAGUCAGCUGAUAGAUGUUUCAUAUGUGGCCAUUUGAUCAUGGACAUGAUUUUGCAGGCUUUGGGGAAGUCAUACCAUCCUGGCUGCUUCCGUUGUGUGAUAUGUAAUGAAUGUCUGGAUGGAGUGCCGUUCACAGUAGACAAUGAGAAUAAAAUCUACUGUGUCCGAGAUUACCACAAGGUCUUGGCACCAAAGUGUGCAGCUUGUGGGCUCCCCAUUCUCCCAAGUGAAGGAUCUGAUGAGACCAUCCGUGUUGUGUCAAUGGACAAGGAUUACCAUGUGGAGUGUUACCGCUGUGAGGACUGUAGCAUGGAACUCAAUGAUGAAGACGGACAUCAUUGUUACCCACUGGAUGAACAUUUGCUUUGCCAUUCGUGUCAUCUUAAACAUAUAGAGAAAGGCACAAGUCCUGGCGCCGCAUACCGACAUCACUACUAGUCAGCACUGCUAACCUUCCUAGAGGAAAUACAGCGGUUUCUUUUAGGUGCUUAUUUCUCUCAGAUGGCCAUCUGCAGUAUGAGAAUGAAGAAAGAGGCUUUUUGUGCCCCGUGCAUUGCAUGCAAAGGUAUUCUUUGGAAAGGAUGUGGUUGGCAAACACAUGCAGUAUUAUCCAAAGGGAUUUGUGGCCUAUGUACCCCUUUGUUGGAUGAAGUGGAAGGGACAGUUUGCUUUGUUCUGAUCGAUUUCAGAACAAAGAACCAUCUAAUGGAUUCCCUGUAGUACCACAUGUAAAGACAUACAUGACUAUCUAAUCUAGUGGCCUCUCUUUUUUAUAGUUCUAAUGUGCCAGCCGUGGAAACACACUUUCAGUCUCACCAGCCACUCAAGUUUUCUUGUUCUAGAUAUAUAUUGUGCCUCCCAUUGUGGAAACGUAUUAUAAGUGAGCUCUUGAGUUUUUAGUGAUCAUGGUGACUGAGACAGAAACAGAUCUGUUUUUUUUCUCUGUAAAAAAAAAUUUUAAUCCCUUUUCCCAACUGUUUGACCCUAAUCUUUGAAAAGACAAACACUGAACUUUAUGCCUAGGAGAGCUGGAUCAGGUGUUCUCACUAUUCAUUUAGAAUUCCAGCCCUUUUAUCUAUUUCCAGAGCUCAGGCAUCAGUAUUGAUGUCAAAUAGCUAGUCAGAAUAAGUCAAAAGCACACAUUAAGAGCAUUUAUGCAACUUGCUGUUCUUUUAUAACUCAGCUUAAAGCACUUGAAACAGUUUGAGAUCAGUGUACCAACUUUUUAUGUGUACAGUUUUAAGAUCUAAUCUGUCAGUUACUAUGUGGACUGACAGAAAUGGAUGUGUUUUCAGGAACAGAAUCUUAUACAGCAUGUCUAGAAAGAAUAAAACAACUAUUUUUGUCUUUGAACUCCCAUGCCUUGAAUCAUAGCUUUUGUAAUUGUGUGAUUAAUAAAUGUGAUACAGACUAUUGAAUAUUUGUAUACUUUUAGCUACUAAUUGAAAUAAACUGAAGCAGAUACGUUGUUAAUUUAAAAACAUUGCCCAAGAUAUCAGUGAAGUUUAUUGUGUGCCAAUAAAUUAAUUCUGGAUCAUUUCUAA